AUACAUUGCUGUAGUUUUCCCAUCCCUAGAUUGCUAACUAUGAACUUUGGGAAAAGGUUCUCUGAGCUGCCAGGGCAGAUAGACCAGCAUUCUGUAUCUAUCUCUCUCCUUCUGACAUGAAAUGAUCUCUCUAUCCUCCAAUGUAUGAUACCGUUUUGUUGCACCUCAAUGGUGUGUUUCCCUAUGCCGUUUGCUCAGAGAACCCUCUCCCAUAAACUUAUGGUUCUGACUAAAUCGGAUAGGAGUUUGGGUUAUUGUUUCUUCCUGUGAGAUAUGAUUUUAAAGCUGGAACUUAGAAGCAGUCAACUGAGUUCUGAAUGAAUUCUUGUUUCUUCCUGUGAAGAUCUGAUACUGAAGCUGGAACUUUGAAGUUUGAACGAUUAUGGAGAUUGAUAGGCAUGAUGGUCGUACAAGGAAUCAGUUGAGACCACUUGCCUGUUCUCGCAAUAUUCUUAACCGAGCUCAUGGUUCAGCUCGUUGGUCUCAAGGUGAUACAAUUGUUCUGGCUGCCGUUUAUGGGCCAAAGGCAGGAACAAGGAAGAACGAAAACCCUGAGAAGGCUUCCAUUGAAGUAAUCUGGAAGCCCAGAACUGGCCAGGUGGGCAAAGCAGAGAAGGAGUAUGAGAUGAUACUGAAAAGAAUCUUACAAAGCAUCUGUGUUUUGACCAUUAAUCAAAACACCACAACCACUGUCUAUAUGCAGGUUGUCAAUGAUGAUGGCUCACUUCUCCCAUGUGCCAUAAAUGCAGCGUGCGCUGCGCUUGUUGAUGCAGGAAUUCCUGUGAAGAAUCUUGCUAUUGGCAUUUGUUGUGCUCUAGCAGGAAGUGGAUCUGUUAUUCUGGAUCCCACCAAGCUGGAAGAGCAGAAAAUUGAGGCUUUCACCUAUUUGGUCUUCCCCAAUUCAGUUCUUUCAGUGCUUCCAGAAGGAUCGUCACACAUUGAUGGAGAACCUAUGGAACAUGGAAUCAUUACCUCUGUUACCCAUGGUGUAAUUUCUGGGGAUGAUUAUCUUUACUGCUUAGAACAAGGUCAUGCUGCUAGUGCAAAAAUCUCUGAUUUCCUUAGGCAAAGCUUCCAAUCACAAGUCCCAAGUGACAAAUCGAAGGCCGCAUAGCUUCCAACCUGUUCAUAACGAUACAGUGACAGGAAUAUAUACUCAUAUGGAAUUCUAAUUCAACAUUCAGUGGUACAAUACAGAAUGGUUAUCUCAACUCUUUUAUCAAUUCAAUCAGGAUUCAGUGAGGUGCCAUACAGAGUGCUUGUGGAGGAUAAAGAAGGUGAUUUUGUUUAUUAAAAAUGGAAAAAGCAAUGGGAUGUGCUGAAACCUGUGUGGUAUUGGUGUUGCAGGUUAACUGAUUUGCAAGGUUACAGGAGUAUGGUUACUGAAAUUUGAUCAUCGGAGUUGUAAUGCCACAAGGAUCAGUUGUUGGAGUUGCAGCUCACUGAAGAACACAAACAAGGGGAAAGAGAUUAACUUUCUACAUGUUCUCUGAGGUUUUUCCAGAAAUUUUAUAUGUUAAAACUGCGUGUAAAAUCUUUUCUAGGCAACCUCAUCUGGAGAGGUUAUCGAAAUGAUCUAGCAAUUUCUGCCAUGUGGAAGGUGAUUUGGCAAUUUUUAACCAUUAGACACGUAGAAAUUGAUCUUGGUUAGCCAUGUGUCAAGUUUCAUACUCAAAUUUCAGUCAAAUACUCCUUUAAAUAAAUAUCGAGUCCAGAUUGAUCUGGAUUAACCAUCUAGACUCAAUAUUUAUUUAAUGUA